CACUCUUACUUCCAGAAGAUGAUCCUUUCCUUUAAAACAGUUAAUGACGAUACAUAAAGGAUAUCCUUAAAGAACAGAUUAUAAAUGACCAAUGGCAGACAAGAAUCAGACCGCAGUGACUGAAUUUCUUUUCGUGGGCCUCACAGAUCAUCUCCAUCAGCAGACUGGCCUUUUUGUCAUGCUUCUCUUCAUCUAUCUUGUCACGCUGGGGGGUAACUUGGGGAUGAUCACUCUCAUAUGGAUUGAUCCCAGGCUCCACACACCCAUGUACUUUUUCCUCAGCCACUUGUCCUUUGUAGAUAUUUGUUCCUCUUCCUCCAUUGCCCCCAAGACACUGUGUGAUAUCUUUGCAGAGAAAAGAAGCAUCUCUUUCAUGGGUUGUGCUGCACAGAUGUGGUUCUUUGGUCUUUUUGUGGCAACUGAAUGCUUCCUCCUGGCUUCCAUGGCCUAUGACUGGUAUAUGGCCAUCUGUAAGCCUUUGUUGUAUUCCCUCAUUAUGUCCCAGAGGGUCUGUGUGCAGCUGGUGGCAGGGCCCUAUGCCAUGGCUCUUAUAAGUACAAUGACCCAUACAGUUCUCACUUUUUGCUUACCUUUCUGUGGACCAAAUGUUAUCAAUCACUUCUUCUGUGACAUUUCACCACUGCUGUCCCUAGCAUGUGCAGACACCCAGAACAAUAGGUUAGUGCUUUUCAUCUUGGCUGGAGCUGUAGGAGUCCUCAGUGGCCUAAUCAUUACUAUCUCCUAUGUGUGCAUCCUUGUGGCCAUCAUGAAGAUCCAGACUGCUGAUGGGAGGAGGAAGGCUUUCUCCACUUGUUCUUCUCACCUGGCAGCUGUCUCCAUCCUAUACGGGACUCUUUUCUAUAUCUAUGUUGUGCCUGACUCAGGUUCCUUCUUAGAUAUCAAUAAAGUGAUUUCUCUGUUUUAUACUGUGGUCAUCCCCAUGCUGAACCCUCCUAUCUACAGCUUGAGAAACAAGGAGGUGAAAGAUGCAUUCAAGAGGAAGUUUGAAAGAAAAAAAUUCUAA